GCAGGCACAGCCCCGUGGGUCUGGUUGGGGGUUUGCGCCUCUUUUCAGCCCCGGCGUCACCAGCUGGGGGGUGACAGGGUGACGUCCGCCCCGGUGUGCGGCUCGGCUGUGCAAGGAGUGACGGGAGGCAGCAGUUACACCAUGGCACUUUCCCUUCCUCUCCGCCCGCUCCCUGGGUGUGAAUUCCAGCAGAUCGCAUUCGUAUAAAUGCAAAUAAAAUGGUAAAUGGGAGUUUUUCCUUUCUCAGCCAACAGAAGGAGAAGGAAAUGAGCCGACAUGUCUGAGGGCAGCAAGGGGAGCUCGCUGGCCUUCGGCCAGGUGGUAAUCGGGCCUCCGGGCUCCGGGAAGACGACCUACUGCCACGGCAUGCAGGAGUUCAUGGGCAGGAUCGGGCGCAAGGUGACGGUGGUGAACCUGGACCCCGCCAACGAGGCGAUGCCCUACCAGUGUGCCGUGGACAUCGCCGAGCUCAUCACCCUGCCCGACGCGAUGGAGAACUUGAAGCUGGGGCCCAACGGGGGGUUGAUCUACUGCAUGGAGUACCUGGAGGCCAACUUCGACUGGCUGCAGGAGAAGCUGGCUGCCUUCAGGGGUCACUACUACUUGUUUGACUGCCCGGGGCAGGUGGAGCUCUACACCCACCACGACGCCCUGAAGAACGUCUUUGCACAGUUGGCCAAGUGGAAUUUCCGGCUGGCUGCGGUGCAUUUGGUGGAUUCGCACUACUGCACGGACCCCGGCAAGUUCAUCUCUGUUCUCUGCACCUCGCUCGCCACCAUGCUGCACGUGGAACUGCCCCACGUCAACGUCCUCUCCAAGAUGGACCUGAUCGAGCAAUACGGCAAGCUGGCUUUCAACCUGGAUUAUUACACAGAGGUCCUGGACCUCUCUUACUUGGUUGACCAUUUAGCUUCCGACCCCUUCUUCAGAAAUUACCGCCGCCUCAAUGAGAAGCUGGUGGAGGUGAUCGAGGACUACAGCCUGGUGUCCUUCGUUCCGCUCAACGUCCAGGAUAAGGAGAGCAUGCGGCAGGUGAUGCAGGCGGUGGACAAAGCCAACGGCUAUUCCUUCGGAGACCAGGAGCACAGGAGCCUGGAAGCUCUGAUGUCGGCAGCAGUGGGAGCCGAUUUCCACUUUACUUCCACGCUUGCAGUGCAGGAGAAGUAUGUGCAAUCUCAGGACAAAGCCGUGGAAGAAGAAGUGAUGGAUCUGUAACACACCCACCUCUUCCCCAGCUGCUCUCUGUUUUGACACCUCUCCUUUUCCUACCAGGAGCUUGAGGCAUCUCUGCGUGGUGUGACUCAGACCGAGUGAAAGCCUGUCCAGGCAGAGAUCUGGCUGCUGGACUCCCUUCUCUGUAAGGGUUUGACCUCUCGUGCUUCAGCCCCGCUGCACAGAGCAGCGUUUUUGCAGAAAGGCGACGGCUGAGUGCAAGGCAAGCCGGGUCUUUCCUUAGGAACAAGAGAGAUUUAGCCAGAUGAAGGCAUGGUUAGCAAGAGAAGAGAAGCAAGAUAAAGGAGGCUGACCUUUGCCAAGUCUCCUCCUCCCCAUCACGACCAAGAUAGAUCCAGAGAAAGAAAAAGCAGUUUGAGCUGUCUCUUCUGCAGUGAGACUCGAGACAAAAGUUCUGGGUUUACUGCAUAGGAGGAGCAUGCCUGGGCCUCGUGCUCGGAGGAGUAUCCAGGCUGAGAAGCCUCCGAUCUGUCUCAAGGAGGACAGAAAGAUGGUUGUUUUUCUUUGGUUUUUUUAAAUAAUGAUGGACUCUUUCUUAAUAAAACACUCCUUCGUCUCGCUUUCA